AUGCUCCAGGGCAAACAGACAGACAAGACCGUGGCAUCUUGCGUCUGCUUCUUCCCGGGUGCCCUUUCAAUGCCACACCGGAAAACUUUCCCUGGCGAGGAGAUCUUCGGGGGCCAGGUGGGUUAUGGCUUCAAUGACGAGUUCAACUAUGCCGCCACGCAGCAGCAGCGUGGUAUCGUGAUCGGCAUGGGUGCUUUCGCAGUCGAAAACAUCCGUACCCUCAUGGAGCACAACUCUGGGAAGUUCUACGUGAUCGCAAGGCAUCACAACUUGCUUCUGCCCAGGGUGCUGUCCUGGUACGUCAACCAAACGCGGGCCCCGGCCCCCGCCGCCACGGUGCUUCGCGCCAUGGAGCCCAUGUACAAGUACUAUGGCAAAGAUCCAUGGAGCUACUAUUCCGUGCAGACCAAUGCAGACCGCUCGGUUGCUAGCAUCAAGCAGUACACCAGGUGGGGCAUUGGCGAUGUGUAUUUCCUUGGAGUUCACUACGGGAAGGUGGAGACGGUGGAAGGCCAGGUCAAGCGCUUGAAGCCGAGGACAGCCGUCAUCACCAACGGCCUCGUCAUCGAAAACAUCGACCACGUCAUCAAAUGUCUCGGAUUUGACUGCGACUUCGGCAUCGAUCGGAUCAACCAUACUCGCCGACACAUUGGCUUUUGGCCCGACGGUGACUUCCGGCGUUGGAUCAACAGCGACCAGUCUUCCAUCGAUGCGAGUCGUUUCGGAGGCACUGCCAUUGCACCCUACGCCGCGAUGCAAGCGCAAUGGGGCACUCACUUUUUCCAGUUCCCUCAGAAGCUAUCUGCCGAUGACUUCAUCAACACGCGGAUGAACUUCACUUUCGCUGGGGGCGCAACGCUGACAUUGUCCAUCCGAUUUGUCUUGAGCCUGCUCUCCACUGGAGAGGCGGUUCUAUUGCCAAACUUUGCUCAGUUGGUCACUUUGUUUGCAGACCACCGCCGCAUGGGGCUCAUGUGCGCUAGUGCGUCCGCCGAGCAUGUGUACCUUGGCUAUCCCGUGAGCAGCGGAGGGUGGAAGAGCGAAGCAGCGGAGCUCCUCCUGCAGUACCUGCGUACGUACAAUGACAUCACAGGCAAGUGCCAGUCGUUGGCGGCAUCUCCCAGAGUAAGAGACUCGGCGCCCAUUUUUGCAGCCUUCGAGAGUGCCCUCAAGUCGAUGCAAUGA